CCCCCUUUCGAAAUGAAGGAAAACCCCGCCCCAUCCCGUCCACUCCACCGCCCCAAAUCCCUAAACCAUCGCCGCCGGCCAUCGCGACGGCGACCAUGUCGCGCUGGAAGGAGAACAUUUCACCCGCGCCUCCCCACCCUUGUGGCACUUCCACUCCUUACCCGCUCCUCCCCUGCAAGCGCCCGCUGGAUUCUUCAUGCCCACCGCCGCGCCGGCCGCUCGCCGACGUCACCAGCAACGCCCUGCAGCUGCGCGGCUCUGGACUCCGAUGCGUAGGAAGCGGUGAGGGGGCGGGUUACGGGUACAGCACCCCCGUCGCGAAGGUGCCCAAGUCGUGCGGGUUCCUUCUCGACGACGACGACGACAUGGACGAGGCCUUCUUGCUGGAGGUGGAUGCCAUCUGCGAGGAGCACUCACGGUCCAUGGCCGGGAAGGAUAAGGGCAGGGAGAAGGAUUCGGCGGUGGAGCGGAGGGAGGCUGCUGAAGGGCCGGCCGUUGCGUCUGCGGCAAUUGGGGCCGGACCAGAGUGCGGAACGCUUCAGGAUGCAUUCUGGAAGGAGGUGAAUGCCAUUUCUGAGGAGUGUGAUACCCAGCCUGUUGCCAAGAGUCAGGAUGAGGAGCUGAAGGAGGUGGAGAUAGAGGAAAGUUUGGUGUUGUCGUGUGAUGAUGAUUCGCUUCCGCCAGCUAUUUCCAUUGCAGAUGACGGUGUUGAGCUGGAGGACGCAUUUUGGGAAGUCAAUGCCUUCAGCAAGGAGCACCAUGCCACAUCAUCUGCACAGUGCCAAGAGGAGAUAAAGGAGGUGAACGAAGUGGAUGGCUCAGAAGCAUUAUGUGUUGAUUCCCCCCCAGCAAUUUCCAUUGCAGAGGGGGGAGGAGAGGUUGUUGAUGCAUUCUUGGGGGAGGUCGAUGCCAUUGGUGAGGGGCAUUCUGCCCUGUCUGCUGCCAAGGGCAAGCAGGAGCCUGGGGAAAUGGAACUAGAAAUGGAGGAAGAUGGAGGGUGUGCUCCAAGGAAGUACUAUGAAUAUUUGCAUUCCCUGAAUGAUAGGCAGAGAGAGGCUGCAUGUAGUGAUGUGACUGUUCCAUUAAUGAUCCUUGCAGGUCCAGGAAGUGGAAAGACUUCCACAAUGGUCGGCCGGGUUCUGACAUUGCUCAAAGAGGGAAUUCCACCAUCAAACAUUCUUGCUAUGACAUUCACAACCGCUGCUGCCGCAGAAAUGAGGGAUCGGAUAGGGGCAGUGGUUGGGAAGGCAGUUGCGAAGGAGAUCGUAAUAAGCACAUUUCACUCGUUCUGCUUGCAGCUUUGCAGGAACCAUGCUGAAAAGCUAGGCCGCACGUCUGAAUUCAUAAUAUAUGGCCAUGGACAACAGAGGAGAGCCGUUAUUGAGGCAGAACGCCUAUUGGAACAUGACAAAAGCGAUGAUUUAGGAGAUGCAGUUAAGCAGAAUCAUGAAGGCAUAAAAAAUUCUUUUAAAGACAAAGCUAAGAAGUGGCUGAAGUUUGUUACACAGGCAAAAUCUUCCGGACGAACUCCCGAGGAGUUUGAAAAGAAGGGCGAUUUGACAGGAGCUUCAAUUCUUCGGCACUAUAAUGAAAUAUUAGUGUCUUGUAAUGCUCUUGAUUACCAUGAUUUUAUUAAUUCAUCCAUAACUCUUCUCACGAAGUUUCCUGAAGUAUAUAAAGAGUGCCAGGAUACAUGGCAGGCAAUAGUAGUUGAUGAGUUUCAGGAUACCAGUGCUAUGCAAUAUUUUCUUCUGAAGGUUCUUGCUUCCCACAAUCAUUUAACUAUUGUUGGUGACGAUGAUCAGUCCAUCUUCAGUUUCAAUGGUGCAGACAUUUCUGGCUUUGAUUCAUUCCGUAGAGAUUUUCCAAAUCACAAAGAGAUCAGGUUGAACAAGAACUACCGCUCUACACGGGCAAUUGUUGAAGCAGCAACAGCUCUUAUUCACAACAAUACUAAACGGUGUCAUCAUAAACUUGUUGAGACUGACAAUCCUUCUGGGAGUAAGAUCACUGUUAAGGAGUGCCAUAGUGAAGAAUCACAAUGUGCAUUUGUUAUUGACAAAAUCAUUGAGACUACAUCUAGUUCAGCCGAAGGGUGCAACUUUGGCAAAAUUGCUGUCCUAUAUCGAAGACAGGUAACUGGCAAAGCAUUCCAAGCGUCUUUUCGCAACAGGAAAAUACCCUUUAAUAUUCAUGGUGUAGCUUUCUACAGGAAAAAGGUUAUCAAAGCUAUUAUGGCAAUACUGAGGACCACAUUACCUGCUUGUGAUGAUGGCCCAUGGCGUCAAGCCUUGAAGGCCCUUCUCCCUGGUGACAAAGAAGAAAAAAAGAAGGUUAUAGAUCACGUGGAAAAGAUCUCGUUGGCUAGAAAAUGUAGCUUCAUAUCAGCUGCUACUGACAUCUUCAGUGCAAAGGUCUCUGGUACCUUCAAAAGGGCCCAGAUUACUCAAGGGCGCAAGGUUUUAUCGACUUUGUAUAGCCUAUCAAAAUUUGUUGAGAGGGAACAAUCAGUUUCAGCUGUCAUUUCUUCUGCAGGAAAUAUGCUACCUCAGCAAUAUCUUCUCGAAAAGCGUGCAGUCAUCGAUAAUGAUGGUGGUAAAUUGUUAAAUGAAGAUAAUGACAUUAGAUCUGUACUUCAGUUUUUAAUGGAUGAUGUGUCUGACUUCUUGUCGACACAUUUUUCUAGUUCAGGAGAGAUAUGCAAGACCGAGGAGAAAGGCUGCGCUUCUACACUUAAAGCCUUUAUUGAUUAUAUUUCUUUGAGGGAAACAGAAAAUUUUCGAUCCCGGAAGGAGGAAAAUAAGAACUCCAUCACGUUAACAACUAUUCAUCAGUCAAAAGGUUUAGAGUGGGAUGUUGUGUUCAUCGUGCAGGCAAACGAUUCGGAGAUCCCCUUGUUGCAUGAGUACAAUGGUACUGUGAAAGAAGCUGGAAACACAUUGGAGGAGGAACGGAGGCUAUUCUAUGUUGCAAUGACACGAGCUCGGAAGAAAUUGUAUAUCUUGCAUGUCACAGUUGACUCUCAUCGCCAGCUGCUGCCACCUUCACGUUUCCUCAAGGAGAUUCCUAUUCACCUUCUCGAUGUGCAGGGUGAGGGGGCUGCAACAAAAAGCCAUGAACAGACUACUAGAGACAUUUCAUUUGAUCGUGCUGAAGGGGAGGCAUCAAUUGAAAAGGUUAUUGCGGAACAGAAUGAAACUUCACCUUACCCAGAACUGAUGCAGACAUGUGUUGCUAAUGAUUUCUUGAAGAGGUUCGAAAUUGAUGAUAGAGCAGUAGUCUCACAUAUAUUUCAUCAUUGGGCGAAGAAGCAGGCAUUUCAAAUUCCAAAGAGACUGCUUGAUAAGAUCAAAUUUGUGAUUGAUGAACGUCUGCGAGGUAAAGGAUACAAGCGCAAGGAUGUCUUGUGCAAGCUGAAGUCAUUGUUAAGCGACGAUGAAGCGCUUGGUUACGCAGAAUAUGUUAUCAAGUGGGAACAGAUUCCUAUUGACAAGCGAAGCCAUUUGAUGAGAGAGAGACAGGAACAUUUCCAGAAGAAGAGGAUAGAGAACUCCAUGGGUUCCUCAGAGCCUACACCUAAGCAGAUAUCCUACCUCCGGAACCUAGGGUGCACCAUAACACCGACAUCUCGCCUCCACGCAUCGCAUCUUAUCGAGAAGUAUAAAUCAUUGUGACUCCAUUUAACAUCUGACGCAUUGAAGUGGUGGGAGGAAGGCAAUUGCCAGCAGAUAAAUUAGCAUGCUCAGAUUUGUUCAAGUCAAUGAGGCGUGAUUUGCUGAGCUUCCUGCAACAUUACAGUUGCACUGUGGAUGAUAUAAGCAGAGUAGUUCAUGUUUAUUUAUAUUUUUGAAAUGAUAAAACAGCUCGUGUACAUGCUGUACAUAAAAUAUCAGAUGCAGUAGUAUUGUGAAUCGAUUGUGCACCAGACACAUGAGUUAUAUACCAGUGUACGUCACUUGUAUGUAAGUUGGUGCUGUCAUUUGUCUAGCAGUAUUAGUAUAUUGACAACAUGAUUUUAGUUAGUUUUUUUCCUUUGGAUGAAAAAGGCGUUUGUAGCCGGUACUCGUGUACAUUAUUGUUUGUCUGUCC